ACAAGUUCCUCCGAAUCUUUAUAUUUAUUGAAGGGAUAUUAGUUAUUUUUUGGGUGUAUAUGUAUAUUACAAUGUCUCAAUAGCAAUUAGAUAAAUUGAUCUUAUAGGGUUUUCGAUUCAGUGCUUAUUCUAUCUAUCAUCGAUUUGAAAGUUGUUUGACACGGCAUCCAAAAAACUUGAUUUUGGCGAUAAUCUUAUGAACACCGUAGACGUAUAAAACUAUAUCACAAUAACUUAUUAACUCUUGAUACUUUCAGUGCUGCUUAUCAGCUUAAAAGUCUACAAAAUAUUUUAAAAAUCUCCUGGGAUUUUCUUUCGAGUGCAAACUCAACAUAAUGGUAUGCCGAUUACGUUCACCAUUUCAGUUCACUCGAGGCAAGCAAAACUUAAAGUAUGUUUAAAUUCUGAGUGCGGGUCCGAUCAAUUAAUGAAAUACUUUCGAGUUAAAAUUCAACUUUUUGAGAAACAACUAUAAAAAAAAAAAAUAUUGAGAAAGUAAUUUUUGGCUUGUGAAAUAAUGUUAUUUGGCUAUUUAAAGCCAUUAAAACUAAUUACCCAUAGAAAUUUAGAACAUAUGUUAAUUUUAGAUAUUUUUUAUUAUUUUUCCAAGAAUAAGUGUCAAGUGCUUAAUGCGAGAAGUUAUUAUCUUUUUUAUAUGCGUGUAACUACAUUGCAUCUGGCUAAAUAAGGAUUACAAUAAUGGCGAAUCAAGAGUACAGAAUAAAUUGCAUAAAAUACGCGCUUUUGAUUGUAAGCAUUUUGUUUAAGCUGACUGGAGUUUUUCUAAUAGGGUUGGGAACCGUUCUCCUUGGAAGUUUCCAAAGUAUUAAACACCUCCACCUGUUCGUCGAUGUACACUUAUCAACUCCACCGGCGUUUCUCAUCGCCAUUGGAUUUUUUAUCAUCGCAGUGGCCACUUUGGGAACUGUUGGAUCCCUCAAGGAGAGUGUGAUGUUAAUUAACUUGUUUGGGCUAUGCCUGUUGCUGGUUUUAAUCUUAGAAAUAUCACUAGCCAUUACAGCUCAAGCGUCAUAUUCGAAGGAGAAAACCUUUGACACAAUGAACGAGGCUCUUGCAAAAUAUGGCAAUGAUCACUAUGUGACACAAGAACUAAAUCAUUUGCAAUCUGAAUUUAAUUGCUGCGGAGUGAAAAAUCAUACAGAUUGGGAGGAGCAUUUAGGCAACGGAAACUAUCACAUUGAACGGGAUGCCAAGGUGGUGCCAAAUUCCUGCUGCCACCAUCAAGAGACGAAACAUGUGAGAAACGACACCCAUUUGGUCUGCCAAAAACCUUUCAAAAACGGCUGCUUCGACGAGGUUCACUCCAGGGUAUCGAAGAGUUUCACUUGGAUUACCAUCGGAGUCACUAUCGAGGCCUUUUUCCAGGCGAUGGGCAUGGUGUGUGCCUUUUUGUUGGCCAAAAUGCUGCGCUGGAACAAGUCCUUGCGGCUGGCUUAUCGCGUCAACUUAUUGAAUGAAUUUAAUACUGGCGAGUAAUUUGUAAUAAAGUGUUUACAUAAAAUUUUUAAUUUGAUAACCAAAGUA